AUGGGCCUGCCUGAUAAUGCUCAGGAAGGUCAAGCCCGACAAGAAAAUGGCCAUGUGAGGAAAAGCCCGGACCGACUGAAGUUGUUGAAAGGUGCUGUUGGCAUUUACUUCUUCUUCAUUUGGUAUGGAAGGAUUCAAGAAAGAAUCUUCAAGUUCAAGACUUCAACCGGACGAAGGUUCACCGCAGUCUGGUUUCUGCAGAUGGUGGAUGCUCUGAUGAACAUGGCCGUGGGUUAUGUUGGCCGUCAUGUCCAAGGAAGCACGGCUGGCUUGCCUCAGGAGUUUCUGGUCGCUGCUGGCGUCGGACAAGUACUUUCGAAGUAUUGCACAAGUGCUGCUUUGGCUGCCGGCCUUUCCUUUUCGGUUGCUACCCUUGCCAAGUCUGCCAAGAUGCUUCCGGUAAUGAUCGGGUCUCUUUUCCUGGGACAGGCCGAGUUCACACUUCGCCAGUAUGUGCAGGCUGCAUUCAUCGUUGCCGGGACAAGCAUUGUCUCGCUGACAGAAGGUCGAAGCAAGAAAGCCGGUGGCAGCAGCAAAAUCGGCCUGCUCUUCAUCACGUGCGCUUUGUGCUGCGAUGGUGUAGUUGGCGGCGUCCAAAAGAGGUUGAAGGUUGAGUGUCGGAAGACAGACCAGCAGGUCCGACCCUACGAUUUGAUGUUCUGGACCAACCUGUACAUGGCAAUCACAUCUUUCCUGUUCGCAUUGCGAGCAGAGCUGCGUGAGGGUGUGAUCUUCUGCCUCGCGAAUCCAAACUUUGCGCAGCAAGUCAUCAAGCUCUCGGUCUGUGGAGCCUUGGGUCAGGCCAGCGUUUUCUACACGAUCGCAAACUUUGACAGUGUGGUCUGCGCGGCAGUGACUACCACCCGCAAGCUGAUGUCGGUGCUCAUUUCGGUACUGGAAGGUGAUGGCCUGCCGCCCAUGGGUUGGCUUGGAAUUGGUGUGUCAUCGAUUGGCAUUGCAGGUGAGCUUCAAUAG